AUGAUGACAAGCUACGACCCUCGAAGACCUGAAAGGCCUCUCGAGAGACAAAAGCCGACUUUCAUGGAGGGUCACGACGUGGAAAUGACGGACGCUCCACCUAGGAGUUCGCCUGCACACCAGAGGCAGCGACCACGAAAGCUUGAGUACAGAUCAGUACCGAAUACAAACGUCGCGCGGGUUCAAUCUGUACCAGUACACAGUGAGACUCGCACAUCUCAUGGAAGCUACGAACACACUAGACGACGUUCGCAAUCUUCUUCCUCAAGGCAAGGCUCGACAGGGCGGUUCUGGGAACGCACCACGAUCAGAAGGUCGACACGAGAUCAUGAUGACGAUGACGUUAAUACCCCGUACGCGUACGAGCGUAAGAGCUGGUCAGGCGGACGAGGCGAGAUGGACAACCUAGCUCACUGGAAUGAUACUCCAAUAAUCAAUCUCAAAGAGGAGAUUGAACGAAGAAAGAAAGCAGAAGAGGACUUGAUCCGUAGUGACUCUCGACUAGCAAAUCUUGAGGACCAAAAACAGGGGUUAGCUCAGACGAAUAUCAAGCUGCAGGGAGAAUUGAUCAGACUGAAGAAUACCUUCAAACACUUGGAAUUUGAAGACGUGCAGCGAAAGAACGACAAAAUGCAACUGGAAUCCGAAAGGCUUGAGUGGGACUCCAAACGAAAGGAAUACGACGCGGAGCUGAAAGACAUCAAGUCGCGAUGGAAACAGGCUGCAAAGGAACUCAAUGGCCUUCGAGCUCAAGGUCGAGGCUUUUACCAAGUCACUGACAACUAUCUGUGUGGUUUGAUCAUGCAGCUGAGGUAUAAAGUCCGAGAUUUUGGCAUUCAAUACUUCUCCGAACAAUUACCCAAGCGCCCCAGAUGCGAAGAAGAUCAAUUGUGGAAGAACGACAUGAUGUCUACCAUGAAGGUGGAUAGCUACUUGGACUAUAUCAACUGUUCAGAAACCCGUCCGAGUAUUAUCCAAACCUUUAUAUGGAGAGUCAUCGUUCACAAGGUCUUCUCCAGAUUUAGAUGGGCGGGAUCAGCAUCGGCACCCCUCCUGGCGAUUCAUCGGGAUUUGGAACCGUGUCUGGAUGGUGUACAUACAUCUCCCAGUGAGAUCGAUAGGAUCAAAAAGGUGAACAUCUGGAGAGCUACAACCACUGGUCUCUUGCUAGAUUCGAUGGACGAAGAGAAACGUACCCGAGCCGAUUGCGAAGUCCAAGAAUGGAAAAACGAACUUCGAGAUGAGAUCAGCACCUGUCUUGGACCUUUUCAAUCGAAGGGCCUAGAGGACUCCCAGCAGGAAUUUCUUGACAUUAUUGACGAGGCCAUCAAGAUCGACAAGGAGAUUUGCAGGCAGGUUUCCCGGAUAACAUGGGAUUUCGGCGAUGAUGCCGGUAUACUGGUUUUCAAUCCUACAAGCAUGGAGCUUAGGAAAGGGGUGAUGUUCAAAGCAAACCCGGAAAUAACAUUGGUGACGUCUCCCGGGGUAUCUAAGCAAGGUAGGUCGACUGGGGAAGGCUUCGAGUUACGCGUCUGCCUGUUGAAGAUGGAGGUUUCAUGUGAGACACCACAAUUUUAG